UGUGUGUGUACAUAUAUAUAUAGCCUGUAAAUUGUCGUUAACUGACGGAAAUUAGGGAGAUUUCCUUCUUGGAAGCAGCUUCAUGGAAGCAUUGUGUCCGACAUUACAAAGAGGAGACGGAUGGCUUGGCUAGCAGCUGUAAGACACCCGGAGAUCAAGUUUGCCAGCAUCCAGAGAUAUAUAAAAGUGUGUUCCAGACAUUUUCAUGCGGAAUCCUCGGCCUCUGGACUGGAUUCCCACAAUGCAGUAGAACUUUAGACGGCGGACAUGUCGGGAACUGCUCGUCUAUCAAGCUUGUCCACAGAUGAGCCAAUUAAAAAAAUCUCUGAAGCUGGAAUACAAAUAAAUGAAGAGGAAGCAAAGAAAUUUAGGGAGGCGCUGCAGACUUGGGAAGGCAGCCCCUUUUUUCUCUCUCCUGUCUUUGUUUUUUUUCCCCGCUCACGUACGGAGCCCCUGCAGACUUCGGGAGUGCACCCCCUUUUUUCCCCCACAGUCGAACUCAGAAAAUGACGUGGAUGGAGAGACUGUGGACUGCGGACUGACUGAAAGCAUGGUUGGAUACCUGUUUGAUGGAUCAUUCAAAAAGCAGAUCAAGUUUCAACAGUUUGUAUGGCAAUAUAAGGAGGGUGAGACCAUUAUUACAUUACAACAAGUUCCACUUGAAGUUAAUGAGUCUACAACACAGCUCCAACCUCAGCCUUUCACUUCUCCAAGUCAUGAACCAGCUCACAAGAGACUGCCUGCUGUGGUCAUUAUCCCAGCCUUUCCCAAAGAUGUCCAGAUGACCCUUAAUGCCCAAGAAAGAUGUCACAUUGUGCCCAGACUCCGCAACAAUAUAAUUAGAGUGCUGUACAAAAUGAUGGCAGAAUACACCCUGUAUCCAACCAAUGCAGAGUAUGUUCAAGUCAGCAAAGCGCUGAUUGCGAAAUACCCUUUCCUGAGAGAUGUGGCGGGGAACAGCUAUUGUCUCAAACUAGAUCCCAAUCUGGACUCGGCUCCGGCUAAGUCGUCUGCACCAUCUGCACCACCUGCACCGUCUGCACGCCACGAGAGGACUCCAGGGCCACCGGACAUGAACUGGGAACCAGCAGCUGGGAUGUCCUCCGCGCCGCCCGCCUUCCUACGACACCCACCACCCGUCGUACGGCGAGAAUUCCACCCAGGGCGGGGCAGAGCGAGGCGAUCGCUGGUGGUUGAGAGCCUAAACACACCACCACCAUAUGCCACUGUCAGCCACAGCCCACACCACACACGGAGCAACUCUGUAUACAACUUCCAGGCUCCCAUGGUGGAGGUGGCGGGGAGUGAGGGUCGAGUGCAGCUGGUUUAUAGGCCUUGGACAUACAGUGACAUGAAGGACGCUGCCGCAUCGCCUCCAGACGUCCGCAAUGGGGGAGUGGAGUUUGCGGUUCAGCUCAUAACGUUUUGCCGACAGUUCAAGCCCACCACUGCUGAACUGCAACGCCUGCUGAUGGUUCAGAUGGGUUCAACGCGGGCCUGAGUUGCGGGCGACUACCCCGUGGAGGACAUUAGGGUAGAGAACUCUGACUGGGCCAGCGACGACAAUUUGGCAUACAAAGAUGCCAUUGGGGGAUUAUGUCACAGAAUCAGACAGACCUUCCCUCUGAAAUUAGACAUGGGGAAUAUUUUUUCUUGCAAACAACGUGACAAUGAACUCUUAGCGGACUAUCUGGUCAGACUCACCGCAGUCCACACCACACACAGUGGCCUCGCGAAGCCCCGAGUCAUGGGAGGUAUCCAUGAAGUCACUCCCUGGGAGGCCCAGCUACGGGACCGCUUCAUGAAUGGCAUGAAGCCAGAGAUCAGCAGAAUGGUGAGAGAACAAUAUGUGAACUGGGACAAUGCAAAUCUCGAAACCGUUGAGGAACGGGCCAACCACGCAGAAAAGUUCCUCAGCGAUGAAAAGAACCGAAAGGCGACAGGCUUGACAGAAAGACUCCAAUUAGCUCAGUUGGCAUACUACGAGCACCAAGCGAGGGGUCGCGGACGAGGACGAGGAAAGGGACGCCGGUGCAGAUUCAAAAAACGCCCUGGCGCCUGUCAUAGAUGUGGAAAAAUGGGACAUGGGCAAGACAACUGCCCAGAGAACGACCCAACGGACGACUGACUAGCUGAAGAGCUGAGUACAGUGACGGACGAAUCUGGUUUUGACGCACAGGCUGAGGAGGAGAAACAACCUACGUAUCUUUCACGUGAGAGCACCAACACUGACACACACACACCACAAGAGAUGUAUGCCCUUACACUACAAGCUAUCACAUAUCUUGAAAAUAAACGCAACACGCAACACACACGCAGACAUGGUGAGAGCACAAGACCUUCAGUGCACAGCACACAUCUCCCUCGGUCCUGAUAGCUUUGAAAAAACUGGUGCAGGGAGAGACAGGGACAAGAUAAACUGAGGCUCGUGUGGUUGUAUUGGAACGACAAAAUGUGUGUUGCUUCUGUAACCUUGACGGAUUCCCACUCUCAGCGUUUGUUCUCGGUACCGAACUCUGACCCUCACAUUCCAUUGAUAAAACCAAAGGGGAAAGGGUGGCAGGAAUUGGGACCAUGGACCAGGGCAUGCAAUGAUGCAACAGGUUGGACACAGAUGUCCGAUCCACAUGUUGAGUAUCACCGCAGUUUGAGAACAUACAGAAAAAGGUUUUCAGCUGUAGUAACUGCAGUGCGAUCUGUCGAGCUCACACCUGACACAAAAUGGGAUUUGUCAAAAUUUGUCAGGUCAAAUAAGGGUUGUUUUGAUCCUUUUGAUGCUUGUCAUGAAAGAUUUUUUGUUGAUGACGUCACUGAGGUACCAGAGUUCCGAGUCACCAACAAUCCUGCCAGCCCUAACGCAGCACUGCACGACAAUUUGGAUUCCUUAAGGCUGCCCAGCAAUAGUGCACUGUUGACUUAUGUGGAUGAUCUGUUGAUUUGCUCUCCCACCAGAGAAGCCUGUGUAGCAGACACAGUGGCCUUGCUGUCCCGUCUGGCUGAUAACGGACACAAAGCAAGCCUGUCAAAGCUGCAGUUUGUCUGUGAGAAAGUUGUUUUCCUAGGUCAUGCGAUCACAAGGGCAGGGAAGACUCUCUCUCCCUCCAGAAUAGCUGCAAUCCAGUCUAUUCCGAGGCUUCUCACCAAAAAGCAAGUAAUGAGUUUUUUGGGUAUGACGUCAUAUUGCAGACAAUGGAUCCUGAACUACGCAGAAAUAGAGGCACCAUUGGCAGCAAUCGCCCAUGGGAAAGGCCUCAAUGCGAACGACAAAGUUGAGUGGACGACUGACGCUGACAAAGCAUUCACUGACCUCAAACUGGCCCUGCAGUCUCCCCCGACUCUGGGCCUGCCCGACUGCUUACGACCUUUCACCCAGACAGUCGACGAAAAGGGUGGGUACAUGACUUCCGUAUUGCUACAAGACCACAGGGGCCGCAACAGGCCUGUAGCAUACUUUUCAUCAAAACUUGAUUCAGUGGCGGCAGGCUUGCCUGCCUGCCUCAGAGCUGUGGCUGCUGCAGAGAAAGCAGUGAUGGCCUCUCGAGACAUUGUAGGGUAUUCUGAUCUGACACUGCUGGUACCCCACGCUGUCUCCUUGAUUUUGCUUGAGCAGAAAACCUCUCAUCUCUCAGCUGCUAGGUGGCUGAGAUACAACACCAUUCUACUAGAGCUCCCAAACAUUACUGUGAAACAAUGUACAGUUCUUAAUCCUGCUACCCUUCUUCCCACAGCUGACGAUGGAGAGGCGCACGACUGUGUUGCUAUCAUUAAUGAAGUCUGCUCUCCCAGACCUGAUCUGCCGGAAGUGCCACUUCAGAAUGCAGACCUGGAACUGUUUGUGGAUGGCUCAGCAUCAAGGGACCCAGGGACAGAAAAGAACCAAACAGGGUUUGCAGUCACAACAUUACAUGACAUUGUUCUAGCUGAACCUCUUCCCUCAAACUAUUCCGCUCAAGCCGCAGAGCUUGUAGCCUUAACAAAAGCAUGCACAUUGGCCAAGGACAAGUCUGUUAACAUUUUCUCAGACAGUCGUUAUGCCUUGGGAGUUUUUCAUUCAUUUGGCCAAAUUUGGGCAAACAGAAAAUUCCUGACGGCUUCAGGAAAGCCAAUUGCACAUCACACGUUGGUUGCCUCCCUCCUCGAUGCUCUGCUGCUACCAAAACAUAUCGCUGUCUGUAAGUGUGAAGCUCACACUAACAAACCCGACUUCAUUUCACAGGGAAACACCAGAGCAGACGCCGCUGCAAAGGCAGCAGCUAAGCAGCGACUAACAAAGCAAUGUGUUGUUAUCCCUGCCUCACCACUGACACCUUUCGCAGAUCUGCAGGAACUACAAGUGAAAGCUACUGCAAGAAGAAGGCUGUGACGGCCCUGUUGAGCAUCUGUUUGUCCUCUCAGUGCCUUCUAGGAGAACCAGGAAGCAGUGGGCCGUCCUAAGCAGACCACACCUUAGGGUGUGGCAUCACUGAUAAAAGGCUGCCUCAGUCAGUCUGCUCUCUCUCUCUGGUGGCUGAGCAGCUGACUGCUGCUAUGGCCUACAACCUGCUGUGGUUUGGUGUUUGCUGUCUUAAAUACAUAUAGACUUGCACACACACACUACAUUUGAUACAACACACACCCACAUUAUGUUCUUUUCAGGUUGUUUAGUUAAAUAAAUACUGAAAUCUCAGAGCUCUGUGUGUCUCCUCUCCUUUGUUUCAACCUGAGAGCCAGGGUUGUAACAAGGCCAACUGCAGGCAAGCUGGUUGCGCUGUCAAAGAGAAUGUUUGUUUGGUAUGGUCCUAACAACAAACCGUGCUUGCCCAAAUAUCUUUUUCCUCACUAUGCUAAGUUGACACAUGGACGAGAUCAUAUGUCAAAAGGGGGAAUGAUGAGUGAGAUACAAAGAUAUUGGUUCACAAAGGGCUUCUCAGCCUUCUCCCAAACUUUUUGCAAAAGGUGUGUGAUCUGUGCCACAAACAAUGCAGGGGGAGGUCUUCGGACGCAACAGGGCGCCCAUCCACCCCCUAAAAGACCAUUUGAUCAUUUACAAAUGGAUUUCAUUUAACUAACACCUAGUGAGGGAAAUACUGUCUCGUGGUGGUCGACAUGUGGGUGGAAGCUUUCCCUACAUCCAAACAGGAUGCGGCAGCAGUUGCAAAAGCCUUAAUCAUCCCACGUUGGGGAAUUCCAGCUAAAAUUUCCAGUGAUAAUGGCACACCUUUUGUAAAUACAGCCCUGAAAAGUGUGGCAGACUACUUAGGUAUUGACCUAAAACAGCACUGCUCCUACCACCCAGCAAGCGGAGGUGCCGUAGAAAGAGAAAAUGGCACCCUGAAAAACAAGCUUGCUAAAUGUUGCGAAGAAACAGGUCUGUCAUGGACCAAAGUCUUGCCAACCGUCCUCAUGCACAUGAGGGCUAGAAUCAGAGCUAAAAACAACCUUAGCCCUUUUGAAAUCUUGGUUGGUCGACCUCUGCACACUGGGAUUUGGCCCGGCACGAGACAGCUCCCAGGGACAGGUCAGUGUGAGGAUGAAAUGUUGCGUUAUUGUGCAAACCUGUCCUCUGUUCUUUCUGAUAUUCACAAACAGGUCAAGGACGCUCUGCCUGCCCCAGCAGCCCACAAACUGCAUGAUUUGGAGCCAGGGGAUUGGGUCGUCAUUUGGGAUCUCAGGGGAAAGAACUGGAGAGCUCGCAGAUGGAACGGUCUGGUCCAAGUGCUUCUGACCACGGAGACAGCAGUGAAGAUCGCAGAGAGAGCCACCUGGGUUCACGCAAGCCACUGCAAACGGGUUCCAGAGCCAGCGGACGACACCUCACAGAGCAUGCUUAUUGUAGAAUAAUCAUGACUGAUGUUUGAGCAUGUCUUUUGAGCUGUGAAAAGAAUCUGUUUUCCAAGCUGACUUGAUUUUUUUUUUAUCCUUCACUAUUACUUACGAAGGAUUUUUUUUUAAUCUAGUCUGUAGUGAGCAUAGUAUGCUCAAAGGGAGGAAUUUUGAUAGAAAAAUUCCUUUUCAUUAUGGGUUGAUGAAUUUUGAACUAUUUUGUUGAAUAUGAUUUCUUAUGCAAACGUAUGAACACCUAACCUCUGCCCGAUAUGAUUGUAAUAGAGUCACGAACCAGCCAAAA